GCAACAUUCUCAGAGGGUUCCGAUAUCGUCUUUUUUUUUCGCGGUUGGCGACUUUCAUCAUGUCGCAGGACCGGGGGAAGGAUCCGGUAGACUCGCUCACGACCGCCCGACAAGGUCAUAACACGAAGACGUUUGACUCGCCGUUCAAGGUCGACCCGACAGUCGACGGCAAGCGGGACGACCCGGUGUGGCAUUUUGUGGCCAAAGGGCGUUAUUUGGAUGGGUCGACGGCGGCGGGCAGGAAGAGCGGUCGUCGAUGCCUGUGCAGGUUGUGCGGGCGUUCGAUUUGUGGGGGCGCUAAAGCCGCCAAGGAGCACUUCUCGAAGAGCGAGAAGUUCCGAUGUGAGGCAGCCACUCCUGCUGUGUGGAAUGCGAUCUGGUCAAAGGACAUGACAAAAUGUUCAAAGGAGUUCGCGCCGGCCAUAGAAACGUUGCAGUGCCACUUGCCAGGUCAUCCGAGCUUGCAGUGGCCACCUCUUCGAUUCCCCGAGGACGCAGUGCCGCCGCUGGUUCCUCCCACCGCCCCUUCUGGAGCCGUUGCAUCGCCCAAUUCUGGGGCUCCGGCCAUUCGAGUCACGGUACCGCGUCCUGCAACAACAGUUGCAACACGACCGGCAGCCCCGCCGUCURCGCCGCUGGCUGGGACACGAGGUGCUCGCGAUGUGGGAGUUGGUCGUUCCACGCCAGCCAACGAGCCCCCGCCUCUGAGGGAUGGUGUGGGCUCUGCAGCAUUUGACGAGGAGAGCACACGUGCAUUUAUUGAGAGUCACAGGUGGGGGGAGAGUGCCAGCAGUUCAGCGUCCGCGCUCGCCCCUGUUUUCAGAAGUGCUAGGCAGUCAGAUGCCGCACGGGGUGGUACUGAGGUGGCACCUGGCACAUCACCCCGCACUUCGUUGGAGCACCCCUGGCUGCCACCGCCACCGUCGAGAGCGGCGCAGCGUCCAAUGGUCCACCACGCUAACGGAACCGCCCACCCGGAUCCGUCACACGCACCUGCAGAUGCUCGACAUUCUGCUUUCGUGCCUCGUUUCGGGGAACAGGUGGAUCAUGGGGUGCCUGCCGAGGAGGUCCCCGCUCCGGUGUCCGAUUCAUUGCCGACCCCUAUUCCGACAACCACGGGCGGUGGUCGGUCUGCCCCACAGCCUCCACCCGUGUUGACCGGAACGUUAGACCCUUUGCAGCGCAUUCGUGACCUUGCAGUCGCCCAGAGCGCGACACCUGUGAGCCCUGGCGGGUUGUUGGAUGCUGGGGUCCUCGGCGGGACGACUGGGAUGCCGUUCAACAGCACGAAGCUUGAAAGUUUCAAACGCAUGUUCACGAUGAUAAUCCCGUCGGGGGUUCCAGGGGCGCCCGCGCCUAGACUUCCCUCGUACCACAUGCUGCGCACGACCCUUUUGGACGAGCUGGAUGGUGAGGUCCAGAAGUGUGUUYGGCCGGKGCUUGACACGUCGAGAGAGACCGGUUGCACAAUCAUGACYGAUGGUUGGACCAACAUCCGUGGUCAGACGUUGUGCAACUACCUUGUUGGUACAGAGAUCGGGGUGGUGUAUGUGUCCACCGACGUCAUGCGUGGCAAAAAGGACGCCAGUGCCCUCGCGAACGCAUGGUUGAAAAGGGUGAAGUCYAUGGACGUUCAAUUGAGCGACAUCACRRCGUUCRUGACGGACUCCGCCGGGGUGAACGUCGCGGCGAUGGAGGUAUUCCAAAAAGAUGAGAGCGUGAAACACAUCUUCUGGAUUCCUUGCGUCGCCCAUAUCAUGGAUCUCAUUCUCGAGGACAUCGGCGGGAUUGAUUGGGUGGCUUCCCGCAUUUCUCAAGCGAGGCUGGUUACAAGGUUCUUCAAGCGCCAUGGACAUGCGAGAGAGGUUCUUGAGGCGCACUCGACGAAGACUCUUCUGCUACCGGCGGAGACGCGUUUUGGCACGAACGUCAUCAUGAUGGAGAGGCUGGUGGCACUGCGGGCCGAGUUGACAGAUGUUGUGGCUGACGAUCGCUGGCGCGAGACUGUUUGGUCGACCAGCAAGAUCCGCAAGGAUGCAGCGGAGGUCACUGCAUGUAUCGGCUUCCCUCCAUGGUGGGAGGAUUUGAGAGCUCUGUGCAAGAUGCUAGAGCCCAUCAUGGGCAUGCUGAAGUUGGUGGACAGUGACACACACCAGAUCAGCAAGAUUCUGCGACGUUACGAGGAAAUGAUUGCAUCUUGUUUAUCCGCAUGUCGUGACAUUGAUCGCGAGCAGCAGGACGCUAUUGUGGAGGUGUUCCACAGGCGGCGCACCAUGUUCAAGACCCCCGCCCACACGGCAGCCAUGCUGCUAGAUCCAGAGUUCCGGGACGCGACGCUUUGUGACGAUGCGGAGGUGCAGCAGGCCUUGGUCGAGGCCCUUGUCCAGUUCGGCUACCCGGAGGAUUCGCCGCAGCACCGGGAGGUCCAACGAGCGCGGUUGAGACACGGGGGUAGGCGGGAUGACAGUAUUGCGUCUCGUGUACGCAGACAUCGUGUCCACAUUGCGAUCGACACGGGGGCACGUGACAUGCGGCAGGACCCGGUUGCCGUGUCAGAGGACGAGAUGGGAGAUCCGUCCAACGAGACGCAGCGCGACCCGGUUCAUGCAGAGGAGCUAGCCUCGAACACUGAUGUGAUAGUGACGGAGGAGGAUAUAGGGUUCAGGAUCACUCAUCUCCGGUCGCCUGCGCCGGUUGUUGGCAUAGAGGAGGAGACGGAGUUCGGAGGACCCGGUCCACUCCGCCAGGCGCAGACUCAGUGCACUCCAGCAGGCGCCCCAGUCCACUCCACAGGAGCGGGUUUGGAGGACGGCGAGGCACGACGUGAGCCGCCUCCUCACACGAGUGACGACGGUCUAGAGGAGGGAGAGGUUGCACCCACUCUCACUUGUGGAAAGGACGGGGAGGACGAACGUCCUCCGACGGACCACCACGUCGGCCUCGACUGCCCGCCCGACAGUCUUCCGCCCACCGACGAGCUAUUCACCAUGGAUUCCGCCUUGGCAUCUCUGCCCGAUAUAUCGUUACUGAUAUCUCCCACUUUGCCGGUUGUAGCACCACCGGAGCCUGCUAGACGAGAUGACGCGCGUCGUGACAGAGGGUUCGACGAGUUCGGCGGCGACACGAUACUGCAUCCUCCAGAGUCCGGCACUCCCGCCAUUUUUCAUGUCGGUGCACCGUGGGCAGUGGAGCAGGGGUUGGCGGAGGAGGGGGGUCAUGGUUCGCAGCUGUUAUCGGAUGGCGUGUCAUCAGUCCAUCCACCAGAGGAGGGCCCGCAGCAAGAGCCACAUCGAGGGUCAGCGGAGACUUUAGAGGCGAGGCCUCCCGGAGUUAUCCGCUCGGACGGAGGCGAGGGCGCGAGCGAGGAUACAGCGCAGCCAGGGAGCGCAGAUGGUGGACGGUCCUUCAGGGGGGGCAUCGAGCGUAGAGGGUCAUCGACCACACACCCCAGCAUUGUCAGGCCCAGCACACAUGACGUAGGAGACGGGCACACAGAUGAGCCUCGGCCGCAUUUGACAGGGAUGCGUGACAUUAUGUGCCCACCACCCUCACGCCCCUCUGCCGCUGAUCCUGCCGCCCACGGCCAGGCCGCGCCAAGCGCAUUGCCUACGAGGUCUUUCUACGACGGUGCGGGCAUGGACCGGAGGGCGGGCGAUAUCGGACAGACAUCAGCAUAUGGACCGGCAGAUGUGCCCGCGGGGGCGCGAUUGAUCGGCAACGUCGAUGGCACUUGUCAUGAUUCCAUGAGAGCUUACGAGGAGCAGCAUGGGAGGCCUAUACGGGCCAAGACGAGCGAUGUCAACGACACCAGGACGGCAACUGCGAGGCUGUCACGGGCGAGGAAGAAGGGAACAGGUGUGUCGAUUCCGUAUCACCGGUGCCGCCUGCAUCCUUUUUUCCGCAACAGGGACGRGACCAGACAGAUGCCAGCUGCCGCAGAUGGACAGGGGGGGGCGGAGGGAGGUGACAGAGUGGACGAAGCAGGUCGAGGUGAGAAGAGACGAGGCGGCAUGAUCAUCCUCCACGACGACAGCUCCACACCCGCUGAGGGCGGGGAGACCACAGGCGCCGACGAUCCUGAUGACUCCGAUUACGUCCCGAGGAUCCGUACGGCGGACGGAGAUGACAGCGGAGGUCGUCGCGUACCUUAGCCACUGAUUAGGCCUACCUUCAGUUCACUUAGCCAGAAGUUUCGUGAUGGUGCUAUGCCCCCUCAUAC